AUGUUUCAUUACAUACUCAUUACUCCUAUUCUUUGUUUCGUCAUUCGUUGGCUAUUAUUCAAAACUGGAUUAAUAUAUAUCACCAAGAAACUCCAGAGAAAAGUACAAGAUUGUUUUUAUGUUUAUCAAUACCUUAAAGUCCCCGAAUUGAACGAAAACAUGCAACGAAAUGAGUUAUAUCGUAAAGUUUCUCUCUAUUUACAUUCUCUUCCUUCUCUCGAAGAUUCUGAUUUCACAAAACUCAUUACCGGUCAUAACCAAAACGACAUCGUUUUAUCUAUAGACUCUAAUCAAAUCAUUGAAGACCGUUUUCUCGGCGCUAAUCUCUUUUGGCUCAACCAAAAAACCGAACCGGGUCAAACCGGUGUGUUCGUUCUCAAAAUCAGAAAAACCGAUAAGCGGAGAAUCCUCAGAAGCUAUCUCCGCCAUAUUCACGACGUCGCCGACGAGAUAGCGAAACGUGAUCUACGCUUGUUCGCUAAUGUCACUGACGGUGAAACGAGAUGGAAAUCUGUUCCGUUUAAUCAUCCGGCAACGUUUGACACCAUGGCGAUGGAAAAUGAUCUCAAGAACAAAAUCAAAUCGGAUCUCGAAUCGUUUCUCAAAUCGAAGCCGUACUACAGACGACUCGGCCGCGCGUGGAAACGGAGCUUCUUGUUGUACGGUCCUUCCGGGACCGGUAAAUCGAGCUUCGUCGCUGCAAUGGCGAAUUUUCUUUGUUAUGAUGUUUACGACGUUGAUCUCUCACAGGUUCGUGGUGAUUCGGAUUUGAAGUUUCUCUUACUCGAAACAACGCCGAAAUCGAUCAUCCUCGUGGAGGAUCUCGACAGGUAUCUAACGGAAAAAUUGACGGUUACAGUGGCCGGGAUUCAGAAUUUCAUGGACGGACUCUUAAGUUCGUGUUCCGGCGAAGAGAGAAUUUUGGUUUUCACCAUGAGCAGUAAGGAAAAUAUUGACCCGAUUUUUCUCAGACCGGGUCGGGUCGACGUUCAUAUCCAUUUCUCAUGGUGUGAUUUCUCAUCAUUCAAAACCCUAGCGUGUAAUUACCUCGGAGUGAAGGACCACAAGCUGUUUCCGCAGGUGGAGGAAAUAUUCCGGCACGGUGCGAGUUUAAGCGCGGCGGUGAUCAGCGAGUUGAUGAUCGCGAAUCGAAAUUCACCGAGUCGGGCUAUUAAAUCGGUUAUCGGGGCGUUACAAAUGGACGGUGAUGGGAGACUUAGUGGGGAUACGAUCGUACGGCAGAUAGAGGGUAGUGACGUGGAGGAAUCUCAGAAACAAGGUUCUCUUUGUGGAAGGGAUGGAUUCUCUACGGUUAGAGAUUUGCGGAAAAUUUACAGUUUGUUUAGAUUAAGGACUGGGAAAAGAAAUCGAACGGCUAAUUUAGCGCCCAAUGAUGAAGAAUGA